CGACAGAAUAGAUUAGGCAGAAAAAAGUGCUUUUGUCACAUCUUCCAAGCGGUAGGAUGAAGGAAGCAUCUCUUCUGCACUCCUCUCUGACUGUGAGUCCCAACAGAUCUCAGGUUUUUGAAGGAGAUUCUGUUUCUCUGAGCUGUGAGGAUGAAGACAGCUCUGCUGGAUGGACUCUGAGGAGAAACACCACCACAGAAACCAGACGUGUAUGUGGAUCUGACUGGGGAAAAGGAUCUGGUUCCAGCUGUACCAUCGAUCCAUUAAUUCAGUGGGACAGUGGAGUUUACUGGUGUGAGUCCAGCCAGGCAGCAGCCAGUCAGAGCAUCAACCUCACUGUUCCUGGUGGAUCAGUGAUCCUGCAGAGUCCUGUCCUCCCUGUGAUGGAGGGAGAUCCCCUCACUCUGAGCUGUCAGUCAAAGCACGGCUCCCGCCUCCCGGCCGCUUUCUAUAAAGAUGGCUCCCUCAUGGGGACUGAGCCCGGAGGUCACAUGACCAUCCUCCAUGUUUCCAGGAGUGAUGAAGGCCUCUACAGGUGUAACAUCAGCAGUCAUGGAGAGUCUCCAUCCAGCUGGAUCUCUGUCACAGGGAAACCCACCACCACCUCUCCUCCUACAUCCACCUCUACUCCUGGUUCUCCUCUUGGUUCUUCUCCUGGUUCUCCUCUUCCUGUGGUCCUGCCUGUUGCAUGUGUUGCUGUUGUGGUUCUACUGGUUCUACUGGUUCUACUGGUUCUACUGGUGAGGCGUCAUGUUCUCAGGAGACCUAAAGCUGAUGGAGGACAAGCUGGAGGAGAUGACAUCACAUACUGUGACGUCAGAAUAUUACAUCAUCAACAGCAGCCAAUCAGACGGAGCAGAGAGAACGAUCCAGCUGCAGUCUACUCUGCAGUGAAAGGAAGAGAAGACGUCACUUAUGGACAGAUGGUCUUCAAAGACGGUGGAGGUCCAUCAAAGACGACAGAUAUCUCGGCAUGGAUGAAGCAACACCACCUUCAACUCAACCUCUCCAAGACUGAGCUCCUUGUCCUCCCAGCCAGCCCCUCAAUUCAACAACAAAUCAACAUCCAGCUGGAGUCAAAGCAGCUCAAACCUACAAAGUCCUCCAGAAACUUGGGUGUCAUGAUCGAUGACCAACUAACCUUCAAGACUCAUGUAGCCUCUGCUGCUCGGUCGUGUCGCUUCGCCCUGUAUGACAUCAGGAAGAUCAACCCCUUCCUGUCUGAACAUGCAGCUCAACUCCUGAUCCAGGUCUGUAAUAUCAUGGAUCAACUACUCUGUCUCCUUACUGGCAGACCUCCCUGCAUGAAAACAGCUCCCUCCUACCUGAACUCUCUCAUCCAGGUCUACACUGCCUUCCACUCACUACGCUCAGCCAACAAAAAGCAGUUGAUACAACCACCACAACAGGGCCGGUCGAUAACUGGACUCUUCUCUAUGGUUCUCUGGUGGUGGAACGAGUUACCAAACAAUUUUCGAUCUGCAGAGUCUCUCUUCGUCUUUAUUUCGUCUACUGCCUGCAGGCACCAAGGUCCUAUCAUGACUCUUGAACUUGUUUUAUUUCUCUUAUCCAGGUUGUUUCCUCCUGACCAGAUCCUUGCUUGUGUUGGAUCUACUCUCAGAUACAGCGAUCCAGCUGCAGUUUAUUCAGCAGUGAGAACAGAAGAAACCAGCUAUGGACAAAUAGUCAUCAGACCAAACAGGAGCAGAGAGUUUCCACUGGAGCCUCAGGUCAUCUACUCAUCCCUGAAGUAGUCCACCAGUCCAACCAGUGAGCUGCUGGCCUCUAACUGGUCCACACAGCCAGUAACAACACAGUACAUUCACUUUUUAUGGAGAUUUUUUAAACGUUCUCACUCAGUUAGAGUCAUACAAAAGAGUGAAGAAACUGCAGAAACUAAAAGACUAAAACCAGAACAUCUUAAAAUGUCUUCUGUAGAACAGAAUGUAAUGGUAACUAGUCGUUCUGUGUUCUGUUAUUUAUAUCUUAUUUAUGCAGCAGUGAUCAGGUUUCUCUGCAGGAUCAAUAGUUUGCUUGCUGUUCUUCUCAUGUGGUUCUGUAGGUUUCACAAAGACACUGGAUGGAAAAUGUGACUGUUUCUGGUUGGCUGUGGCUAACCAAUGUGCACGUCUCUUUAGUGCAGAUAGCAAAGAUCAUAUCUACAGAAACCACAACCACAGACUAUAAACAGCAUCAUUCUGAAACUGAAAACUUUGUACAGAGGUUUUUCUGUUGAUGUGUUUGAAGAAUUUUGAUUGUUUAGUUGAUGGUACAUCUCCUUGUUUAGUUCAGAAGCUGUUCAAACUGAGAACGUUCCUGUCAAGAGAAACCAUAAACGAGCUUCUUAUCAUGUAUAAAAUAUGUGGGAUAGAAUAAAACGACACUGUGCAGUU